UAGAUCAAUGUAUGUCGUAUAAAGUGUCUAGCAUCUAUCCGCGAUAUUUCAGUAGCAUUUUCGAGUUUGCCGCAGAAAAAUCCCAAUAUUGGAACAGCUGUCAAAAAGUUCCCAAGCUGCAGCCAUAGCAAACUGAGGAAGAUCUACUCUUUCUGUUGAUAUUUUCAUGAGUUUCUAUUCCAAUAGUUUUAAUUAUGUCAAUAAUUACACCGAAAACUUGCAAGAUACUAUCAUUCUACAUCAUUUGUAUUUUGGUGCUCCAACAAGUAUUAUCGCAAGAUGAAGACGAAGUCUCGACGUCAAGAGCCCAAUCCUGUCGCACACUGGCCGACAAACCAGGAAAAUGCGUCAACGUCCUGAAAUGCGAGUCAAUAGUCACUCUUCUAAGGGAAGAACCGACGAUAGGACGUCAAGCAGUUGCUCAACUCCGUUGUCCUGGAAACAGUGAUCAGUUCAGAGUUUGCUGUCCCCAGGCAAAAUUGAGCGCGCCUGAAGAACCUAAAGAUCACAAAACCUCGGAACCAAUUCAAACACACCCCAGCGCUCAAGCCCUUGUACCACCUCAAUGUGGUCUCAGCAAUGCUCGACACGAUAGAGUAGUCGGUGGAAAUCCGUCCGAACUUGGAGCUUGGCCUUGGCUAGGAAUCUUAGGCUACGGUCAGAAAUCGAGCAAUCGCGUUGGCUUCAAAUGCGGAGGGACUUUGAUAUCUUCUCGAACUGUCAUCACCGCAGCCCACUGCGUCCAAGGACAGAACGAUCUCAGGGUCGUUCGGUUGGGAGAGCACAACUUGCACAGCAAAGACGACGGCGCACAUCCCGUUGAUUACGUUAUCAAGAAGAAGAUCGUUCACCCUAAUUACAAUCCGGAAACUUCGGAAAACGACGUCGCUAUACUGAAACUCGCCGAAGAAGUUCCAUUCACAGACGCAGUGCACCCCAUAUGCUUGCCCGUAACGGAUGAAUUGAAGAACGACAACUUUGUCCGGAAGCUUCCUUUCAUCGCCGGCUGGGGAGCUACGUCGUGGAAGGGAUCUUCCAGUGCCGCGCUUUUGGAAGCCCAAGUUCCCGUAGUUGACAGCAACACUUGCAAGGAUCGGUACCGAAGAGUUAGAAACGCCGUUGUCGACGAUCGCGUUAUAUGCGCUGGUUACGCUCAAGGCGGCAAAGAUGCCUGCCAGGGUGACAGCGGCGGACCACUGAUGUUCCCAGUGAAGAACACCUACUACCUCAUAGGCGUAGUUUCAGGUGGUUACAAGUGCGCCGAAGCGGGCUAUCCAGGACUUUACAUGCGCGUUACGUCUUUCCUUGAUUUUAUAUUGAAAUACGUUGAAUGCGUGGCCAUGAUAGCCGUUCUGGCUUACGGUACCAGAACGCGUUGCAGCUUCAAGUGUGGCGGGACUUUGAUAUCUGCUCGAACCGUCAUUACAGCUGCCCACUGUGUUGACAUCCCGGAUAUCAAGUUUGCGCGGCUUGGAGAACACGUCCUAUUCAACGAUGACGACGGCGCUAAUCCGAUUGAUUACAAUAUCGUAAAAGCGCUCGUACAUCCCAAUUAGAAUGACGUGACUUUGGAAAACGAUGUUGCCUUGUUAACGCUUAACCGAGACGUUGAAUUCACAGACGAAAUUCAUCCCAUUUGCCUGACGGUACCGGAUAGUGUGAAAAAUCGGAACUUUGUCGCAAAUUUCCUAUUCGUAGCUGGAUGGGGAGCAACGCCGUUCAGUAAUUAUGCCUAUACGCAUUAACCGUACUAUCAUUUGCACGAAAUUAUUUUUGCAUCUUUUAUAUCUUUUACGGUAUUAGAUACCGAUACGGUGAUAGACGACACCGUCAUAUGCGCUGGUUACACUCAAGGGGGCAAGGAUGCAUGUCAGGGUGACAGUGGCGGACCAUUGAUGUUCCCGGUGAAGAAUACUUACUACUUGAUUGGAGUAGUCUCGGGUGGUUAUCAAUGCGCGCGACCUGGUUUUCCUGGUCUGUACACGCGCGUAACCCAUUACCUUGAUUCCAUACUGAAUAAUAUGGUAUAAAUUUAUGUUUAUACAGUUGAGUGCCUAAAAUAAACGAUUUGUGCAUAGUA